AUGGCUGGAGAUGAGUCCCCAACAACUUCAAUCCCUUGUGCUGGCCAUUCUUUGAUUCCAUGGGGAAAUAAGCUUCUGUCUGUUGCAGGGCAUGCAAAAGAUCCUUCUGAAAGUAUCCAAGAGCAUGAGAAAGUGAAAGUGCUUGAUCUUCAAACCGCUACAUGGUCAACUCUAAAGACUUUUGGGAAAGCUCCGGUAUCACGUGGAGGUCAAUCAGUGACCCUUGUAGGGGGAACCUUGGUAAUUUUUGGUGGGCAAGAUGCAAAGAGGACUCUUUUGAAUGAUCUGCAUAUUCUUGACUUGGAAACCAUGACAUGGGAUGAAAUUGAUGCUGUGUAA